GCUGCGUUCGUUUUGCUAGAUAUAUAAUUUCGUUGUUUCUGCUAAGAAAAGGGAGGACAAAGGGAGAGAUAAGGGGCGGUCAAUGCAGAUGGUGCUCCUUGUUUCCCCCCAAUCUCUUCUUCAUCCCCAAUGCCGUCUUUCAAUCCCCCCAAAAAACCAAGCAACCCCUGGAAGCCCCCAAAGAGCAGCUGGGUCCCCGCCUUCUUCCUCACCCGCAACCCAAAAACCCUAAACAACCAUGUCUUCUUCAAGAUGCAGCUAGAGGAAGACCAACAGGGGAAAAGAAGAAGUGACCUCUCUCUCCUUCUCUCCGACCAGAUCCUUGCAGGAAUCCUCUCCAAGCUUCCUCUCCCUCAGCUGUCGUGCUCUCUUGUCUGCAAGAGAUGGUGCAGGAUCCAUGGCUCCCUCCUCCAGUCUUUGAAACUUCACGAUUGGAGCUUCCUAGAGCGUGGUAGAAUGGUUUCCAGGUUCCCUAACCUCACAGAUGUGGAUUUGAUCAACGCUUGCAUCAAAAGGGUGCCCACCUCUAAUUGGGGUCUGGUUCUCACCCACUCGAUGGUCACCAUUCCCCUGGAUACCUCGGAUCUUGAUCUCUCCGGCGAGCUUCUCGGUGAGGGGAGGAGGUUGGUGCCGGAAUCGCUGGAUCAAGGAUUGAGGGCACUCGCUAGAGGGUGCCCUAAUCUUCGAAGGCUCAGGGUGGUUGAUGUCUCCAGACCAAUUGAUGACGAAGGUAGGGCGUUUUCGACGGCCGAUGGCUACGAGGGUAAGGCGUUGGACACGGGGUUGUCUAUGAUCGCGGCCGAAUGCUUGAUGCUCCAGGAGUUGGAGCUGCACCAAUGCACGGAUUUCUCGUUGAGGUCAAUCUCGAAUUGCAGAAACUUGCAGGUGUUGAAGGUUGUGGGAUGCUCGGAAGGGCUGUAUGGGUCGGUGGUUUCGGACGUUGGUCUGACGACUUUGGCUCAUGGAUGCAAGAGGUUGGUGAAAUUGGAGUUGUGCGGGUGCGAGGGCAGCUACGACGGGAUCAGCGCGAUCGGAAUGUGUUGUUUCAUGUUGGAAGAGCUCACGUUGUGCGAUCACAGGAUGGAAGGCGGAUGGAUAGCCGGGUUGAAGUCCUGCGGGAACUUGAAGAGCCUGAGGUUGCAGAGCUGCAGGAGGAUAGAUUCAGAUCCAGGUCCCGCCGAACACCUGGGGUUGUGCCCGACAUUGGAGAAGUUACAACUGCAGAGGUGCAAUGUGCGCGACAAGCAGGGCAUGAGCGCGCUGUUUACUGUUUGUGGGACCGUGAAAGAGCUUGAGUUUCAGGAUUGUUGGGGUUUGGAGGAUGAGAUCUUUAGCAUUGGUAGCUGCUGCAGGAGAGUGAAAUCCUUAUCAUUGGAAGGCUGCUCUUUAUUGACGACCGAGGGUCUGGAGUCUCUGGUUCUUUCUUGGAAGGAGCUUCAAAGGUUAAGGGUGGUGUCUUGUAACAAUAUAAAGGAUAUUGAAGUUACCCCUUCCUUAGCAAGUGUUUUUUCAGUCCUUAAAGAGUUGAAAUGGCGACCAGACACCAAAUCUGUUCUUGCAGAUUCCCUUUUUGGGACUGGAAUGGGAGGCAAAGGUGGAAAGUUUUUUAAGAGGGUAUAGGUUUCUAAAUCUUCAAUCUCUGCUUGCCAAGAAGGUAGACAUCAUGUCUGUUGUAUUGUAAUCAACUCAUAGUUUAGCUGUCCGUUUCCAGUGAUACAAUUAAUAGAAGAAGGUGCUUCUCAAUGCUGCCUGCAGUUCUGGUGAAGGGAGAAACUGAUGAUUUGUGAUGCACAAUUUCAUCCAUUUCACAUAACAAUCUUCUCUUUUGCAGUGGGACUUCUGUAUCUUUCCAUUUCAAACUCUGCUCACCUUGAAAGAUGUAACAGCUACCUUUCAUUUUCUGCCCUUUGUAUCUUAGUCAUUAGAAAAAGUGGGAUUGGCGGGAUGGCGGAUGAAGCAAAGGUUGCUGCUAUCGCAUUGAACUGCUGCAACAAUCUUUUCUGCUUAUGUUUUUGACAUACAUAUAGGACCAUUAGUUUUCUACACUGUAAGCACAUUAUUCAUCGAUACAGACAGUUUGCAUCUUCUUUAUCAAAUCUACUGUAUCUUUUGGUGACA